CCCUAUUUAUAGCAGCGGUACCAGGCGCGCCGCGUCUCUCCGCAGGCCCCGGCCGCGGUGUCUCCGAGUCUCGAGCGAAAGCGCCAUGGAGCGGCCGGCGCCCCUGGCCGUGCUGCCCUUCUCGGACCCCGCGCACGCCCUCAGCCUGCUGCGCGGCCUGAGCCAGCUCCGCGCCGAGCGCAAGUUCCUGGACGUGACCCUGGAGGCGGCAGGCGGGCGCGACUUCCCGGCGCACCGCGCUGUGCUGGCCGCCGCCAGCCCCUACUUCCGCGCCAUGUUCGCCGGGCAGCUGCGCGAGAGCCGCGCCGAGCGGGUGCGCCUGCACGGAGUACCGCCCGACAUGCUACAGCUGCUGCUGGACUUCAGCUACACGGGCCGCGUGGCCGUGAGCGGCGACAACGCCGAGCCGCUGCUGCGCGCCGCCGACCUGCUGCAGUUCCCGGCCGUGAAGGAGGCUUGCGGCGCCUUCCUGCAGCAGCAGCUGGACCUGGCUAACUGCCUGGACAUGCAGGACUUCGCCGAGGCCUUCAGCUGCGCGGGGUUGGCGAGCGCGGCGCAGCGCUUCAUCCUGCGCCACGUGGGCGAGCUGGGCGCGGAGCAGCUGGAGCGGCUGCCGCUGGCACGCUUGCUGCGCUACCUGCGGGACGACGGGCUGUGCGUGCCCUGGGGGGACUACCAGCUGGCGCUGCGCUGGGUCCGCGCCGACCCGCCGCGCCGCGCCGCACACUGGCCGCAGCUGCUGGAGGCCGUGCGCCUGCCCUUCGUGCGACGCUUCUACCUGCUGGCACACGUCGAGGCUGAGCCGCUGGUGGCGCGCUGCCCUCCCUGCCUGCGCCUCCUGCGCGAGGCGCGCGACUUCCAGGCAGCGCGCUAUGACCGCCACGACCGCGGGCCCUGCCCCCGAAUGCGUCCUCGCCCCUCCACUGGCCUCGCCGAGAUCCUCGUGCUCGUGGGAGGCUGCGACCAGGACUGCGACGAGCUGGUCACUGUCGACUGCUACAACCCGCAGACGGGCCAGUGGCGCUACCUAGCCGAAUUCCCAGACCACCUAGGCGGGGGUUACAGCAUCGUGGCGCUGGGCAAUGACAUCUACGUGACGGGUGGGUCCGAUGGCUCCCGGCUCUAUGACUGCGUGUGGAGGUACAACUCAAGCGUGAAUGAGUGGACGGAGGUGGCACCCAUGCUGAAGGCCCGCGAGUACCACAGCUCCUCUGUGCUGGAUGGACUGCUGUACGUGGUGGCUGCUGACAGCACUGAGCGCUAUGACCACACCACCGACUCCUGGGAGGCCCUGCAGCCCAUGACCUAUCCCAUGGACAACUGCUCCACCACCGCCUGCCGCGGCCGGCUCUAUGCCAUCGGCUCCCUGGCCGGCAAGGAGACCAUGGUGAUGCAGUGCUAUGACCCCAACACUGACCUGUGGUCGCUGGUGGACUGUGGCCAGCUCCCGCCCUGGUCCUUCGCCCCCAAGACUGUGACUCUGAAUGGACUCAUGUACUUUGUCAGGGAUGACUCCGCCGAGGUGGACGUGUACAACCCGACAAAGAACCAAUGGGACAAGAUCCCGGCCAUGAAUCAGGUGCACGUGGGGGGCAGCCUGGCUGUCCUUGGAGGAAAGCUGUAUGUCUCCGGAGGAUAUGACAAUACAUUUGAACUCUCGGAUGUGGUAGAGGCCUAUGACCCAGAGACUCGUGCGUGGAGUGUGGUGGGGCGGCUCCCAGAACCCACCUUCUGGCACGGCAGUGUCAGCAUCUUCCGCCAGUUCAUGCCCCAGACCUUCUCAGGUGGGCGCGGCUUCGAGUUGGACAGUGGCAACAAUGAUGUGGACCCAGGCCAACCCCGGCCGCUGCGGGACCCUAAUGAGCUGCACUAGCCCUGGUCCGGCCCGGUCCGGGCCUCGGUGCAGGUAACUGGCACCUCUGUGGGGCAGUGCCCCACUCCUUCAUGUAUGAGGACAGGUUGGGCUCACAGGUAGAGCACAGGCUCUCGGGUAGCCACGCAAGCCCAGGAUCCGGUGCCUGAAGGUAUCUGUGCCUUGAGAGCCUGAGUCAGAGGCCAUCGUGAACGCCCUUCCCGACGUUGAGGGAGAGCCACCUUCCUGCCAGCACGUGUUUCUGGGUCUCGGAGGUCACCCCUAGCCUGCGGAUCGCAGCUCACCCACGCAGAGCAUACCCCUCCUGCUGCUGUCACCUGCACCUACUUGCUCCCACCUUAGGUGAGGAGGACGACUUGAGAGGGACAAGUGAAGGGAGGAGGGGUCCUCCCGUGAAGCUUGGAGGAUGGCCUGGACCUGGAACAGUGAAUCAGGCAGAGACUGAAGUGGGGUCCCAAAUUCCAUGUCUGGGGGUGUCUUGGGGGACCAUUUCCCCAGCGGGGAUAGGGCCUGCCUCCCUAGCUCAUAGCCCCUCCCCGGGGCUUACAUCCGAACCCCUCAGAGGGCUGGCCUCCAGAGGCUGCACCGGGACAGUGGGACGUGAGCAGGGAUGUGGACCUUGGGGGUGAAGAGAAUGUGGCCAUGGCAGAUGCUGGGCCUCCCCAGCCGUAGCCCCCCCGCUCCCACGUGCGACUGGCUGUUGCGUCCUCACCUCUCACCGUCUCCUUCACCAUCCUGGGACAGAAGCCCAGGGGAGGUCUCAACGCCAGGCCAUAGGUCCUUCCCAGGAGGCCCUGGAAGGCAGUCAUUGACACCCAGCCAGGCAAACAGCUGUGGUGCCCGUGCCCUUGCCGGGCCUGGGCAUGAGGAGUCCCACAGCUUCGAAGGGAAGUCCUGGGCAGGAGGUGGCCUUGGUGGUUGGUUUCAAGGUUUGAAAUGCUUACAGUUUGACCUUAAGAGGAAGCUGUAUAGGGUCAGCUUUGUUUGAUUUUUCAAGUCUGUAAAGUACCAUUGCCAGAGCUUUCUGCGGGAGUGCUCAGGUGAACGCCGCAGCCUGGCAGUCCCUGGUUUUCUCUUGGAAAUGGUCAGUUUCACCUCAAAGUACCCAAAGGAGCCUUGGCUUGAGUUUUUGUCCUUGCCUCCCUUUUUAGAGAAGAGGGCGUUCAGACUGUGCUUUCCUCGUUAAGAUUAAAGCAGACGUUGAUUGCC